GAGCCGUUCCGGGCCGCGCCGCCGUCACAGGGCACGGUGUCCGAGCGCCGUGACCGGGUCGGACAGCAUGCAUCUCACGAUGGAGAGCCUGCGGAACACCAUGAAGUACCUGGUGCAGUCGGAGGGCUUCGACAGGGUGCUCGGCAAGAUGAAACUUCUUUCCGCAAAUCCAGGAAAAGUUGUGUGCGAAUUGAAAGUGGAGGAGGAACAUACCAACAGAGGUGGCACCUUACACGGAGGUUUGACAGCCACGCUUGUGGACGUGGUAUCAACAGUAGCGUUGUUGUACACAGAAAGAGCAGCGCCUGGGGUCAGUGUGGACAUGAACAUCACAUAUACUUCAGCUGCUAAAAUUGGAGAAGAGGUACUGAUAACAGCUCAGAUUUUGAAGCAAGGAAGAAAUAUUGCAUUUGCCAGCGUGGAUCUAACAAAUAAGGCAACGGGAAAGUUAAUUGCACAAGGCAGACAUACAAAGUACAUAGGACAGUAAUGCAGGUAAUUUCAAAAAUAACAGUGUUGGGUUAUGAAUCCCAUAUAGAACAAUUUUCUCAUUGCAUAAAUGACAGUCUGCACAGUUUUGAUUGUGUAAUGUGAAUUGGUCUCAGUUCCAUGAUAAAUGAACAAGUUUAUUACCAUCAAAAUGGCUAAAAGCCUAAAAUUAAUGCUUAUUUUGGGAUGAAAAAAACAGAACACGAUAACGUGGGAGUGCAGCUGUUUGGACUUUGAAGGUCAAGGUAACAAAAACAAAGCCUUUAGAACAGCAACAUGGUUUACCAGCUUGACAGCAUUAAAGAAUCUGUUUUGUUUUGGCUGUGAUGUAGUGAUGGGAGUAAGCAACCCUGCCUUCAGACUUGUGACUGCCACAUUCACACGCCACAAUGUAUGCUUACAAACUGUUGUGUAGGAGGGUGGUGAAGGGUUCCUAUAAGCAACCACUUCCACAUUAUGCAAAGUGUAAAGCAAGCUAAUACAAAGUGUAAUUCACUAAUGCUGUAACAUGUUCUAAACUUUUCAAUAAAGCUUUCUGAAACUACU